AAGUCAUCGCCACGCUGCGCAGGUGCAUGUCUCGCGCCGCAGGUAGUGGCUGGACUCAGGUGUUGUAACGCGACACUGAACCAUGUGAUCAGCGAGGAGAAUUUAGGAAGAAGAAGAAGAAUCCAGCUCGAGGAUUCACCCAACACUAAAUACCAAACCGCACAAGACCACCAUUGAUAGCAGGGCACGUCUCGAAGGACAGUGUAUUAUUAUUAUUAUUAUUAUGAGCAGGACGCCGGAGUGUCGCGAUAGUUUCGGUUGAAGUAAGUUACUUCAUUUCACCGGUAAGGUGAGGCGGAAGCGAGCUACGGUCAGGUUCAUGGGAUAUACAGUCUACAUAUAGGCUAUUCUUCAGGAAACAUCGUGGAUUAUGAAGAUACAUACAGCUCGCUAGAGACAGAUAGGACUGCUUUAAUUCUUUGAUCUGGGACAUGAUUUAUUGACCACAUCAGCUCCACCGGAGCACCAGCCCCUUCUGGUUGAGGGUAGGGGUGCAGACUGACUCCAUCCCGGAGAUGAUACGGCAGGUUGGGAGGUUGGCAGGGAGUUUUUUGCUGCUGCUGCUUCUCAGGAAUGUUUCGGCCCCGGGGGAAAUGAACACAAUGCCCAAUAGCACUACAGCUCCCAGCUCUGGCCCUAAUAUUGUGGCCAUUGUAGUACCAACUGUGGUCGUGGGACUGCUGGCUAUUUUGACAGCUGUUCUGGUGUUUCUGUUCUGCGUGGUAAAGAAGAAGAGACAGACGGAAGGGACGUAUCAACCCAGCGCAGAGGAGCAGUCAGGAGCACGUAGUGUGGAGACGCCUGACGCUCUGAAAUUACCCAAGGAGGAGAGACUGAUUUAACACUGGUUUAUGACUAACCAGCAGCACGUGAUAAUAGUGACUCAAUUCCAAAACGGUUAAACAGAUAAACAUUAACUAAGAACCGUUUCUGAGGGCAUAAGGCACAACUAUGUUUUGGAAAAAGUAAAGCGAGUCUGACUACUUGGAAGAAACUUGAAGGAACAGAUCCUCUCUCCAAAAAGCCACAUAUUUCACAGAACAGAUCAUUUCAUGCCAAUUUAGACUGGUAGCUUUUCUCUGAAUACUUCAUUUUAUGUUUUGUCCCCUGUUUUAAUGGUUGCUUUGCACAUACCAAUGCUGAUGUUUGUGGUUUCCAUUUUUAAUAGUGAAGUGUGUAAUGUCUGCACCCCUAGUGGCACAAAACAGUACAGUCUGUUUUGCAUUCAAAAUUGGCCAGACUUAAAGGGAUAGUUCACAAAAAAAAUACCAUUCUGUCACCAUUUACUCACCCUCAAGUUGUUCAAAACGUGUAUGAGUUUCUUUCUUUUGUUGAGCAGAGAAGAAGGUAUUUUAAAAAAUGUUGGUAUAACCAGUUUACUAUUUAGGUUAAUGGCAACUUUCAACUGUUUGAUGACAAAAUCAUUACAAAAAUGCUAAUUUUGGGGUGAACCAUUCCUUUAACAGCAUCAGCUCAACCAGUGGUGUGAAUCUGAGGGCGUGGCUAUCUGUUUGACUUAAUAAUGGAAGCUGGCUGCAUUUGAAACCUUAAACCUUUUUUUUUUUUUUAUUAUCAUUUAAAUUAGUCAUCAAUUUUUUUAUAUAUGUUUGUUGGCACUAGAUUAUGCAAACUACAUCUUUAAAUAUUUAUUCAAAUCAAAUUGUUCAUGAUAUAGGAUGUUCAUAAACUCAUAUCUACUA